AUGGUACAAAAAUCACCAAAGAAUAAACAAGGAUCAUCUUCCUCCUCUUCCGUUGCCCAGCCUCCAACAACAACAUCGGGAAAUGGCAGUACAGCCAAUAAAGCAUCGGAAAUUGCUGAUAGAAUACUGGAGAAGAGAAAUACAGAGAAGGUUGCAAAAAUCGCAAAGAUGAACCAACUCAAACAAAAGAUAAAGCAAAAGAAGGACAAGAAAACGAUACGGAAAGAACGUAUCCGACAAAGUUAUCUUCUCGCACAGAAGGAUCUCGAACAGAGAGAGGCUCGGAAACAACAAGCCAUGACUCUCGACGAGCAACUUCGUAAGAGAGUCAAAGCUCAACGUCUACUCAAACAAAUACAACAUCCCAUGAUUCAUCCAGCUCUGUUGACCAAUCUAGUACCAGCAAUUCCAAGCAGCAGCAAAACUCCUAAUCAUCAAAACAGCACUUCUUCCAUCAAUUCUUCUUCUACUCCUAAACCAUCCACCACGCAGAGCCGACCAUCCAACAAGCCCUCCUCAUCACCAGCAAAGACCGUUAGGAAAUCUAACACCACAUCAUCGACCAAUAAUACUUCCUCAUCCAAUAACAACAACAACACAACCACUACUGCCACUCCAUCAUCUUCCACCACAAACAACAACAACAUCUCCACCUAG